GAGAUUUACUGGUAAUAAUGGUAAAAUUGAAGCGCGAAUAUCAGUGAGAUUUAUUUGGCAUGGAAGAAGCAAUGGAAGGGUCUGAUUCGGGUGAAGGAAGUGGCAAAAGGAAUGGUUAUGUGGGUGUGAAAAGACGGCAUUCUCAUUCUGGGAAGAUCAGCAAGGUGGUGAAACGCACUGUAAUUCAGCCGCCCAAACAAAACACACCACUUUACACCAUUCACAAAAAUGAUUUCCGCACCAUUGUCCAGCGGCUCACUGGCUCACCCACUGCACCACCACCACCGCCGCCACCACCGCCGCCUCUGUUGCAGAGACCAAGGUUCCCGCCGCCUCCGCCCGAAUCGGUUUUCUCAUUCAACAAGCUCGUCUGUAAUUCCAAUCUGGCGGCCAUGAAAUCCGUCUCUUUCCCAUCUUAUCAACAACAACAGGUCGCCGCUGAUCCGUCCGCCACCGGCGGCGCCGCCACAUUCGAUCCUUUCACCGCCACCACCUGUGCAGAUUUGGGGUACGCGUUCCAAUUUCCCUCGCAGGAUAUUUAUCCCCCUCUUCAGGAGCUAGGACCCAGGGGCCUGGUUUCGCAUAUGACCGUGCCCUCUGCUUUCUCAGCGCCUAUCCAGUUCCCUCACCCUGCCGCCGCCGCCGCCAUGGCGGCGCAGCAGGGCUCUCCGCCGCUUUUUCUGCAGUCGGCUGCAGUGAACGCCCACCAGUUUGUUUCGUCCGGCUCGGAGUUUGCGGUUUCUCAGUUGUUGGCGGGGUCGCAGGUUCCAUUCUCGCCCGGGUCCUUCAUGCCGCUUUCGCCCACUGAGCAAUUUCAAUUUGGACAGCUACCUCCUCCCUCGCCUGGUUCUUGGUUCUCCUUGCCCACUUCGUUUUAGAGGAAGCUCUGUUUGCUAUUUUUCUUUAAUUACAUUCUUUCAAUGUUGUAAUUUUUCUGAAUAUUCUGCCUGUAAAGCUCCUGUUUCUUAAUUUUCUUUCUAUUACUUUCUUAUGAUGAACUGGACAUGCCAAUAAGGUGAUAUAACGAGGUUUUAUUCCAACCAAAGCAGUUCUGCACUUUCUUCUUUCUUCCUUUUUAUUUGGGUUAAGACUCAUUUUCUUUCUAUUACUUUCA